AUGACGACAGCAGAGGAAGAUACUCACUCUCGAAUCAAUUUUUCUUUAGUAUUUUACUCUUUUACGUCUCUCUCAGUUUCUUUCCCCUCUCUCUCUCUGUCUAUCUGUCUCUCUUUUUUUUCGUUUUUCUGUAUCUCUCUGUCAUUCUUCGUCUUUUUAUGUCUCUCUCGACCGUUCUCUUUCUCUCUCUCUCUCUUUCUCUCUUUCUCUCUCUCUCUCUCUUCUCUCUCUCUCUCUCUUUUCUCUCUCUCUCUCUUUCUCUCUCUCUCUCUUUCUCUCUCUCUUUCUCUUUCUCCCUCUCUCUCUCUUUUCUCUCUCUCUUUUUCUCUCUCUCUCUUUCUCUCUCUCUUUCUCGUUAAUUUUUUUCCCUAUAGACAGAUAGAUAUUCUUUACCCCAACUCUUUAUUAUAUGUGAAUUUUUUCGCUUCUCUCUAUCUCUUCUCUGAUUCAUUCUUCGUCUUUUUCUGUCUCCAUCAUUCCCCUCGAUAUCCCCCCUCUCUCUCCCAUUCUAUCUAUCUAUCUAUCUAUCUAUCUAUCUAUCUAUCUAUCUAUCUAUCUAUCUAUCUAUUAUUCUGUACCCCUAACUUUCUUUUUUAUCCACAUUCUUUUUCUCCUCUCUUACUCUGUCUCAUUCAUCAUCUUUUUAUGUCUUCAUCCCUCUUAUCCCUCUCUCUCUAUCUAUCCAUAUCUCCUUUUCUCUUCUGUACCCCAAACUCUCUUUAUUAUUUAUAUACUUUUUUACUCUCUCUCUCUCUAUUUGUCUCCUUCUACGUUUUCUUGUGCCUUAUCACUCCCCCUUUAUCACUCUCUUUCUCUAUCUUUAUUUCUUAUUCUGUACCCCUAACUUCUCUUUUUCUCCUCCCUCUCUCUAUCUGUUUCAUUCUUUGUCUUUUUAUGUCUCUCUCUCUCUCUCUCUCUAUCUAUCUAUCUAUCUAUCUUCUCUUAUUCUAUACUCCUGUCUUUAUUAUCUACACUGUCACAUCUCUCUCUCUCUCUCUUUCUCUGUCUCAUUCGUCCGUUUAUGUAUCGCUCCCUCUCCCUCUCAUUCUCUCUUAUUGUGUAUUAACAUUAUUAUCUACAUUUUUCACCUCUUUCACCCCCCCCUGUUUCAUUCUUCUUCUUUUUUACGCAUUCCUCCUUCCCUCAUGUCUCUAA